AUGGGUCCUUUCACUACUAUUAUCGUGAAGCCUAAUUUAAAGAAUGAGGUUCUGCAUUGCCCUCGUAUAGAAUCCAGAACGGGCCAGCCUGCAGGCCGACCCGUUCUGGACCACCGUGGACUCAACCACCAAAAAAAAGAUCCUUGUAGUCUAUCACCUAAUCAUCAAAUGAAAGACCCCGUUUCACUAUUGCCACAAAGCCUAUG